UUAGACUUGUCUUAACAUAACCUUCAAAAUCUGAUUCUGAUUGACGUUUUUGUGCAUGUAUUUUGAGUGUUUUCUGCAUAGGCUGAAAUAUAUAUUUACAAAAACCACUUGCAAUCUCCAUGCUGAAUUUAUUACUUCAAUAAAUACCAGUUUAUUGUAGUAAAAUGUCAUGAACUUCUUAAAAAAUUAUAAUUCUUUGAUAUUUUUAUUUUAGAAAUUUGACUUUCUUUUUUAAAGGAAUGGCUCAAGAAGAUGUUGAUUCUUUUAAUAAAUUAUUUAAUCUUCAGAAGCAACUUUCUCUUGCAAGAACAGAAAUUAACAAUUUAAGGAGAGAAAUCAAGAGCUUAAAAUUUUCACAAUCUAAAGAGAUAAGCCAUGUUAAAACAAUGUUGGAGUCUUGGAAGUGCUCUUCAUGUCAACCAUCUGAAGAGUUGCCUCAGAAUUGUGAGGCAGCAGCAGUUUCUGAGAAUGGCGGGACUUCAGACAACCAAGAGAGAAACAUUGAACUGCAGCCUAUAGGGAUUAUUAGCACAGGAUUUGUUCAGAAACGAGCAAUACCGAGGCAACCCAAUGUUAACUCUAAUAGUCUUGGGAAGGUUUCUCUUUUCAACUACAUUUUUACCAACCCUGAACACUCAUUAGAAGGUUUAGAUGGCUUUUCACAUAUGUGGAUACUAUUCUACUUCCAUCAGAAUCAGUCCAAUCAUAUCAGAGCCAAAGUUGCUCCCCCAAGACUGAACGGUAGUCGUGUUGGAGUGUUCGGAACAAGGUCUCCGCAUCGACCCUGUCCUAUUGGCCUCUCACUGGUUCAAAUCAACAAAGUUGAAGGAUCUUCUGUUUAUUUCUCUGGAGUAGACAUGUUGGACGGCACACCAGUAUUGGAUCUGAAACCCUACAUACCGCACUAUGACAACCCUGUGGAGCUCAAUGUGGACUGGGAUGGGCAGUGUGGGGUUCCCACUGAAACUGAGAGGUUGGAACUGGACGGGCAGGAGUCUGACCCGGAAAGUGCAGGGCCCUCCACUGUCACUCUCCGAGCCCCUACUACCAUAGUGGGGGGUGUAGAUUCAGAACGGGAGGCUCCAGACGGAGAGGAGGGAGUCAACCCAGCAGCUUCUCUCCUGCUCGGCACCAGCUCCUCCCCCUUGCCAGCACAUAGGCAUAUCCGUGUUCCAGACUGGAUCUCUCAGUCAUCAGUAUCACAGCUUCAGGUGAUGUUCACACCACAAGCAGAGAAUAUUCUUUCUUCUCUUCAAGGGGAGACUAACAUACAGAGAAUAAUAACGGAUGUUUUGCGUGAAGAUCCUCGAUCCGUGUACUUACGUGACAGAUACGCUAAUCAGUUCUAUACGUUUCUAAUUAAUAACUACCAUGUGAGUUGCAAGUUUGAUGACAAUAACCACAUAGUGAAGGUGUUCCGUAUCGUGUCUGCAGGAACACUCUGUGAGUGUGGACACCCGGAGUGGCAGUGUUCUACCCAUGGUGGGAGUAUUGAAUCUUAACUUCACCUUAAGUCAUAUUUUGCUUGAUUGUUACCUGUGAUUCACAUUUAAUUUUUUUAAACAUUCUGAUCACUCAAGUGCAAUAUACACAUUUGUACAUUG